AUGGAUCGCUCGGUGCAGGAACUUUUCCUCAACUUUAUGAUUGUCUUAAUCACUGUGCUUUUGAUGUGGCUGCUGGUAAAAACAUAUCAGGACUAA